AUCGGCUCGGAGCUCGGAUGAACCAACAGCUGAUGACGACACGACUUACCGAAUAGGAGAAGCGUUCGAAGAACUCCCACAAUGGUUCUUGGAUAAGUCGACCCGACCAUCACAAAAGAAGACUCAUGUAUUAAUAUAAUUCCUGACGACAAUGGUGGAUUUACAAGCACUCGUUUGGAGGAGCUGGGAAGCAGCUUUAAGGGAAGCUCGGGAUGCCGUGGUGUUUUUGGAUGACAAUGCCGCCGCGACCCUGCGAUGGAAUGGGGGUCUGUCCCGCGUUCAUAAAGCCGGAGCGACCAAAGUCAAAGAAUUCUCCGCCUUCGAGUCGGGAGCGGCCUCUGAUUUCAAGGCUUUGUUCAUAGUCACCGAGGAUCUGCUAUCUCCAUAUGUACAGUCAACUCUGAAUUCCGUGCUUCAAGCUUCGUGCUUCGAGUCAUGCACGGUGGUGAGCGCAAUGCCGAUCCGAGCCACUCCCGAAAAGACAUCCCAGCAAGAAAUCCAGAGUUUACAGCGGGAACUUCGGGAGUGGAUGGGGAGCCAAGAGGACACCGUCAGCAAGGUCGUGUACAUUCCGUUGGUAAUAUCUUGUGUAUUACCACGGGUCGCUGUGUUGACACCCUUCGCGGAGGUUUUCCCUCCGUUGGUGGCUGAAGAUUCCCCAGGCCAACUUCCUCCCGAUCAACGCCUGAUGCUGGAGCAAAUCGUGGCAACCCUUAGCGCUCUGCUCGAUCAAUUCUCCUUGAAGGAUCAGUUAUUCUCUUUGGGAAAAUUCUCCUACACUGUCGCCGACGAUCUGGAGCAGCUGCCGGUCACCAGCAAAAGACGGAGUACUCUCCCGCCAGACGCGAAAAAGGCUUCGGUCAUAUUUGUGGAUCGGUCACUUGAUGUCGUGCUCCCACUAUCCUUUCAAAAAGAAUCAAUCCUGGAUACCAUUCGGGGCGUUCUCCCGAGUUUCGACUCGAUCGACGUCUCGAUCGACAUGUCACCAGUCUGUCACGCGACCUGUGAAAGGGUCCGCACAGGCUUCACUGUGGCCAGAGGAACCCUGAGUUGUUUGCGUCAAGCAGGCAGAGAGGAUCUCCACAAGAUGAGGUGGAAAAUGGUAUGAGCAUCAGGGAGACGAGGAUUACCGUUGCAGCUCCCCUCGCAUCUUAAAGAUGAAUUCUGCUGGCUGGCCGACAGGUGUAACCUCGCCGACGAUCUGGAACAUGACGAAGAUCCUCUGAAGUUCGUCAGGAAGAACUUGAAGGUCUUCCGGAACACUGGAGCUCUGGGAGAUAGCGUCCAUAAACUGGUUGAAUUGGUGGGAAUUGCGGAAUUGCUUUCAUCGCCGAAACUCGAACAUCGUAGCGAAAAACUCGCCAUCGAGAAGAUCUUCAUGCAGAACGCCACCGGUAAUCUUCAUUGUGGUGCCCUGGAUGCAGGCGACGCGAUUUUGCAGUUGACGCAAGUCCGGGAAAAAGCGAGAUUAUCUUUCACCGAUCUCGUGGGAUUCAUUUUGUAUCUGCACUCUCUGAGCGGAGAAGAGCUCUACAUAGAUCAGCGCUCGCGAGCUUCAUUACGAACGGAGCUCUUGAAUGCACUCACCGAGGAAACUAUCGGCGAUCCUACAACUUGGUCGCGGCUCGCGAAAAUUUUAGUUCCUUCCCUCAAGGGGACCGAGACCGAGCUCCAGAAUGCCAUUCAGAGAGUCGAGCAGGCAGCUUUGAGGAUCUCGAAACAACGAACCAAUUUGAAACACUACCGGAAUGUUUUGCGGAAAGGAGACUUGGCUUCCCCCGCAACCUACAAGCCCUUAUUGCUAGAGCUCUUCGACGACAUGAAGAUGGGAAUCGAAAGCAGCGAUCUCGAAGGGCACUCGAAUCGCUUGGACGGUAUCGGCAUGUUGAAGGGUGGCUUGGGAUUCCUCAUGAAUGUGAAGAGUUCGCGGCCAAACCCUGUGAAAGAAUCGGACAUUGUGAUUCUGGUGCCUCUGGGCGGGAUAACUCUAGAAGAGAUCAAAUUGAUUGAAGAAGUCUUGGCUGAGAGUGACGUACAGUUGUUGGUAAUAACGACAUCAUUGCUCACCCCGGAGGAGGCGGCCUGCAAAAUUAUUUCUGCGGUCGUCGGCUGACUCUUGUAGCCGUCAGCCGUCUCUCACGUGACCCUGUUCCCCGAAAUGUGAGACCUGACGGAAAUCGAGUACCUUGUAAGAAAAAACGGCUGUUGAGGCCAGAAGCUUUGACCAUAUUCUCCUCAUCAGGUCGCUUCGAGCAUAUUAUGACGGCAGAAAUUCCGUGCCCAUAAGGGAAUCGCGUUGCUGUCGGUCGAGAUUCUGUUAUUGUAUCUCCUGCAUGUGUUCUCGAGAAAGCUCGCGAAGUCUCACCCCAAGAACAAGAA